AUGUCCGUGAUUUCUGCUGAAUUUAAUUUAUUUUGCAAGUUGGAAUUUUCGUUUGUUAUACGAGGUCAUCAUGUUUACAAAGCGGCGUGGUCUCCAAUCAUAGGAGAGUCUCUGGCAUGCAGGAAUGAUGACCGUAAAGAAGCUAAAGAACACGAUGAAUACGCAGUUGGGACUUACCUUGAAGCUGAUAACAAACUUGUUGGGCAUGUGCCGAUGGAACUUUCCUUCCUUAUAUUCACAUUUCUCAAAGCCCGCCAUGAGAAUAAAGUACAGGUCAAAGUGACUGGAUCAAGAAGACUGGAAAACGGACUUGUUGUCCCCGGAGCGUUCCUAGCGAGAACAACCAGCAGAGCAAUCGCCACAAAAUUUGAAGAAGAGAUUACUCGUUUGAAGGAAUUAUGUAUUCACAUGGACAUAACAGUUGAGAAACUCAGACGAAGACCACUGUUUUUGUAAUGCAUUAUUACGUACGGUAUGUCCGCUAUUAAAGGAAGAUGAACCACGUUUGAUACGUA